UUGCACAGAUGACAAUGUUUACUUAUCAAAAUUAAUAAUAUUUUCUAAUUCUUUUUGUGUUUUCAUAUGUAAUGUUGUUACAUGUACAGUCAUGAAUCUGCGUCCGAAAUUCGCGCGAUUACCCUCUGGGGAUCUGCGGAUGAUUCGCCGAGAGGUCCCUAUGGUAAGCACAGGCAGCCUUCCGGCACUGUUUCAGUCACCAGAUGUGGUUGAGGAUCAGGCGGUAGCUGUCGUGCGAAGAUUGGGCGGCGAUGUCACUAGUCGCCAGCAUAUCCUAGGGCAAUACACAAUCCAAUUUGCAAAGUAUAGGGGACAGACUUUCCACUGGGUUGUGGAAAACGCCCUUGGAAUUUGUGCGUAUAUUGUGUACGACAUGAGAAAGGAGGCGCGGGUAGACACUCCUUUGUCGGCAAACAAGUUUGCCUUGAAGGAGUGCGUAAACUCAUUUCCACAAGGCAAGGAGGCUGUAGAGCACCACAAGGCAAAGAAAGAAAAAAUGCCGACACCCACCGCCAGUACUCCGACCACCAAGGCAGAGCUGUUCAGCAUGAUGCCUGCUGACCUGGCCCGUAGGCAGUUGCGGGAACAGUCUGCCCGCCUUCGACCUCUCAGACCAAACCUUGCUCACGCAAAGUUUUCCCCCAGGAAGGAAAUGAGCGAUGAUGUGCUUGUGUGGGAGGUUGAACAGAUGGAGGCUGCAAGAAAAGGUACACCAGUGAGGAGCUUCAGAAUUUCCUGUCUGAGUGCACUCUUCUGGAUCCACGUUUCAAGACCACUUACUUGACACCAGAGGCUAUGGAGAACACCUACCAUCGUUUGGCGCUGUUGUUACAAUCUGGGGAUGGAAAGGUACACGUUCAAGCUGACACCCAGGCUUCUACCCCUGGACAACAUAUUCCUCCACAUCCUCUGCUUCCCGAGAGGCCAAAUACCAGCCAAUCACCAUCUCCUACUGAGACAUCUGAUGAAGAGAAUGCAGCCAAAUGUCAGCGGUCCUCAGACUCCUCAAAGAAAGUUGGUCUUGCAGCUAUAUUUGACUUUGAGAAUGUUGAAGAGGCCACAGCCGCCACACCCAUGUCCUUGCAGGAGAAAAUCGAAGAAGAAAUACAGCAAUAUAAGCUAAUGAAUCAGAUAAGCAUAGAAAGCAACGCAUUUGACUGGUGGAAGAAAAACUGUAUCCAGUUCCCAUUACUUGCCUCUGUCGCAAAACAACGCCUGUGCAUACCAGCAACAUCUGUGCCAGCUGAACGCGUGUUCAGCUCAGCCGGUGAUAUUGUAACUGCCCAAAGGGCGUCCUUGGCUCCAGAAUUGGUUGACAUGUUGUUAUUUUGUAAAAAGAACUGUGAUUUGUGAUAAUUUCUGUCCAUUUUCUUAGGUUAUGUGAUGAUUACAUAUGGACAGUUUAAAGUUAAAUCAUCAUUGUUCUUCAUUAUAGCGUUAUCUUAACAUUCUAGUCAUAAAAAGGUGUUUUCAAAAGAAUGUUUUUUCGAUAGAGAGUAUGACUACUUCUAUCAAGUUUAUUACAGUUUCUUUUACAGUUUCUAUUCAUACUAUGAUUCCAGUUUUUUCUGAUUAUUGAGUUUAAUAAAGUUUGUAAAACUUGUUAUUCUGCUGUUUUCUUCACAGAUACAUAUUCUGUAAAAUAUCGCGGAACGUACCGCGAUACAGUGUUGCCGUACCACGAUAUACCGCGGUACGCUCACGGCGUAUCGUGACAGCCCUACU